AUGUCGUCAACAACCUUCCUUUCGGUCAUGGCCGGUCUCUCCGGUAUUGUGGUUCUCGGAGCCCUCAUCUCCGUCUUCCAAAUCUAUACAGACAUCAACUCUUUUGUUGAUGAGGCCCACCGUGAGCUGGGAGAGUUCAGAGUAAGUUAGCUUUAUGGUCCAUCAGUUGGAGCUUGACUGUUCAGGGAUUCGCCAACGAUGCCUGGAACUCAAUGAUCAACCAUGAUGAUUCUGCCCGUGUUGCCCGCAGUGUCUUCGGACGUCGCCAGAAGAAGCAAUCUCAGUGCAACUGCGGACCACAAGCCUCUAACUGCCCAGCUGGACCACCAGGACCACCAGGAGCUUCAGGAGACAAGGGACUCGAUGGACAGCCAGGACAGGCCGGAAAGCCAGGACUGCCAGGAGUUGCCGGACCAGUUCAUCACGAGAAGCAGGAGUGCAUCAAGUGCCCAGCAGGAGCACCUGGACCAGCCGGAUCUCCAGGAGCCCCAGGACAAAAGGGACCAAACGGACAGCCAGGAGCACCAGCUCAAAGAGGAGGCCAAGGACCACCAGGACCACCAGGACCAGCUGGAGACGCCGGAGCUCCAGGACAGCCAGGAGCCCCAGGAAACCCAGGACAGGCAGGAAAGUCUGGACAGCGUGGACGUGGACUUCCAGGACCAGCUGGAGCACCAGGACCACAAGGAGCCCCAGGGGCGCCAGGACAGCCAGGAAGCGGAAGCACUCCAGGACCAGCCGGACCACCAGGACCACCAGGACCAGCAGGACAACCAGGACAAAAAGGACAAGACGGACAGCCAGGAGCCCCAGGAAACGACGGAGCCCCAGGAAGUGAUGCCGCUUACUGCCCAUGCCCAGCUCGCAGCUCCGCGGUCUUCCGUCACCGCAAUGUCGCCGCCAACCGUCAUCGUGCCGUCGCCAAGAAGCGUGUUGUCGCCCGUCAACGCGUCGCCAAGAAGCGUGUGGUCGCUGCCAGACGUCACGUCCAAGCAUAA